UUACAUCGCAAACCAGCGAAGAUUAGAAAGCAUCAAUGACAAUGAAGUUGGAUUUUAUGUUGGACUUAAAAAUCUGACCGUAGUGGAUUCAGGCUUAAGAUUUGUGUCCCGUCAUGCAUUUGUGAAAAAUGUCAAUCUACAAUACAUCAAUCUAUCCAGAAACAAACUCUCAAGUUUGUCCAAGAAGCCUUUUCGCCAUCUUGGUUUGUCUGAUCUGAUAUUGGUGGACAAUCCGUUCAAGUGUUCCUGUGAAAUUAUGUGGAUCAAGAAAUUUCAAGAGACCAAGUUUUACACAGAAACUCAGGAUUUAUAUUGCAUAGAUGACAACAACAAGAGGACAGCCUUGCUGGAUAUGAAGGUCCCAAACUGUGACUUGCCCUCAGCAAACUUAAGCAAUUACAACAUCACUGUGGUGGAAGGAAAGAGCGUCACAUUGUACUGUGAUACUACUGGCGGACCACCCCCUAAUGUGUCCUGGGUGCUCACUAAUCUUGUUUCAAACCAUGAGAGUGACACAAGUAAGAACCCAGCCUCACUGACCAUAAAGAACGUUUCAUCCGUGGACAGCGGACUAUGGAUUUCCUGCGUAGCAGAGAACAUUGUGGGAGAGGACCAAGCCUCUGCCGAGCUCACAGUAUUCUUUGCACCAAAUAUCACAUUUAUUGAAUCUCCGACCCCGGACCACCACUGGUGUAUUCCAUUCACUGUGAAAGGGAACCCUAAGCCCACAUUGCAGUGGUUCUAUGAAGGGGCUAUACUGAACGAGUCUGAAUACAUCUGUACUAAAAUACAUGUUAUCAAUCAAAGUGAAUACCAUGGCUGCCUUCAGCUGGACAAUCCUACCCACCUGAAUAAUGGUGCUUACACAUUACUGGCAAAGAAUGAGUACGGAGAGGAUGAAAAACGGGUUGAUGCUCAUUUCAUGUCAGUGCCUGGAGAUGGUAGUGGCCCAAUUGUGGAUCCAGAUGUUUAUGAGUAUGAAACCACACCUAAUGAUCUUGGAGACACCACAAAUAACAGUAAUCAAAUAACUUCUACUGAUGUUUCCAACAAAGAGAAUGAAGAUAGCAUCACUGUGUAUGUUGUGGUGGGAAUUGCAGCACUGGUGUGCACUGGCUUAGUAAUAAUGCUCAUUAUCCUGAAGUUUGGAAGACACUCUAAGUUUGGGAUGAAAGUUCAUGGUGAAGUAAAAGGAGUUGGUCUGGUAGACCAAAUAUGGCUUUCAUUGCAAGACUGCGACAAUGAAGAACAAGUAAUGGUGACUGUCAACAGUGACGUACAUAAUAACUCAACUGCAGCAGAUAACAACAGACUGGGUUUUGUUUUAUUUCAUAAGAUCCCACUGGAUGGGUAAAUGAAAUAAGGAAAAGAUGAGAGAGGGGCUGUUGAGCUUGUGGAAGCUGUGUGCUGCACACUAGGGAGUGGACAGUGUUCUUGCCCAGUGAAGUGCCACCUCCCUUGGACUUCUCUUUUAGACAUUGGUUGUGCUUGGAGAGCUGUAGAAGUACAUUCAAAUCAGUACCUGUUUUCUGCAAGAGCAGGGCGAAGCCAAGCCCUGAGGCAGCUAUAAAACUGAAGAAAGUCCAGAAAUAAGCUAUCACACUUUUCCCUAU